AUGCGAGGGCUACCGGCUAGAGGACGAAGCCGGCCAAAGAAGUUAGUCCGCCAUCGCCAGCAACAUCCAGUGCGCUUGGCAACACUUAACGUUGGGACGCUUACUGGAAGAAGUCGUGAACUGGCAGACAGUCUCAGAAAACGCCGUAUUGACAUAUGUUGUGUACAGGAGACUCGCUGGAAAGGCUCCAAGGCAAGGGAAUUAGGCGAUGGCUACAAGCUGAUCUACCACGGCACAUCAAAUCGCAACGGCGUUGGUAUCAUAUUGAACGAGUCGUUUAGAAAUAGCGUCACAGCGGUGGAUCGACUAUCGGACCGCUUGAUGGCUGUAAAAGUAGAUACAGGAGAAGUGGAAUUGCGAGUCGUCUCUGCUUAUGCGCCACAGAUGGGCUGUAGUGAAGAAGAGAAGGCGUGCUUUUGGGAAGAUCUGGAGCAGUACGUCCAAUCCCUGGAAAGCGAAGAAGUACUAUUAAUCGGAGGAGACUUCAACGGACAUGUCGGUUCCCGGAAAGACGGAUUCGAGAGUUGUCAUGGUGGAUACGGCUAUGGAGCUCGUAACGACGACGGGUUGCGAAUCCUGGAGUAUGCUGUUGCAAGUGACUUGAUCGUUGCUAACACGCAGUAUCGGAAAAAAAAAUCGCAUUUGAUCACGUACACCAGCGGCGGUCGUGAAACACAAAUAGAUUUCUGGAUGUUACGCCGACUUCUGCAGGAUUCAAAAGUCAUCCCUACAGAUCAUGUCGCUGCCCAACACCAUCUGCUCGUUAUGGACUUGAAAAUCUCCCGUCCAAGGAAGAGACAUCCAAGGACUGAAACACAGCGCAUCAAAUGGUGGAAUCUGAAGGAUCGAAAGGAGGUAGUUUUCGCGUCCGUGGCUCCAUCUACACUUCCCCACCCUACUCGUAGUGUGGAGGAAAUGUGGUUGUCUACUUCCAGCGUUAUACGCUUGACCGCGGAAAACACUCUGGGAAAGACGACUCUAGGUAAGCCAAAGGUACAAAAGGCUACGUGGUUUUGGAACGAGGAAGUUCAGGCGGCAAUUCGUGAGAAGAAGUCCAACGGCGAAGAGGAGGCUAAGAAGGCAGUCUCCAAGGCGAAGUCGGACCGCUACAAGGCUGUGUACGACAUGCUUGAUACCAGAGAAGGCGAGCGGGCAGUGUAUCGUCUAGUCAGAGCACGUCAUCGCUCAACGUUGGAUAUGGAGCACACCAAGAUCGUUAAGGGAGCUGAUGGAGCCGUUCUGCGCCGCUCUGGUCAGAUCCUGGAGAGGUGGCGAGAGUACUACAAUCACUUGUGUAACGAAGAGUUCUGUCAUCCUCCCAUCCCAACCGUUCCCAGCGUCGAGGGUCCUGUUCUACCAAUUACUGCCGUCGAAGUCAGUGCUGCCCUCGCAAAAAUGAAGUCGAACAAGGCAACCGGUCCUGAUGACAUACCUGUUGAUAUCUGGAAGCUGCUAGGAGAUCGAGGGUCCAUGUGGCUCGCAAUUCUAUUUAACAAGAUCGUUGCAGAAGGACGGACUCCAGAAGUUUGGCAAACUUCCGUGACCGUGCCUGUCUGGAAAGGGAAAGGAGACAUUGCUGACUGCACCUCGUACAGGCCUAUACGACUGCUCUGCCAUACGAUGAAGAUUUUUGAGCGUGUCCUGGAAGCUCGUCUGAGGAAAAUUGUUAGCGUUUCACUCAACCAGUGCGGUUUUGUGAAGGACUGCAGCACUAUAGGUGCUAUCCAUGCUGUCCGAAUCCUCCUGGAGAAACAUCGAGAGAAGAACCGCAGUGUGCAUCUUGCUUUUCUCGAUCUCGAGAAAGCUUUCGACCGUGUCCCACAUGAGCUGUUAUGGAUGUCCAUGAGGUCGCAUAGAGUACCAGAAGAAUAUGUGAGGUGGACGAAGCUGCUUUAUGCGAAGCCUACCAGCGUUGUACGAUGUGCUGUUAGAACAAGCAGGCCAUUCCCUGUACGAGUAGGGGUUCAUCAGGGUUCAUCCCUCUCACCUCUGCUGUUCAUACUGUGCAUGGACACGAUAACGAAGGAAAUCCAGAAGCAGCAUCCGUGGACUCUACUCUUUGCCGACGAUGUCAUGCUCGCGUCGGAGUCUCGAGAUGAUCUUCAGAAACAAGUGCAGUCUUGGAAGGAUCAGCAAUAUGGAUUGCGCCUCAACACAUCAAAAACUGAGUACAUGGAGUGCGGACCAAGGAUAGAGGAUGGUUCAAUUCGUGUUGAUGGCACCGAAUUAAACAAGGUGAACUGCUUCAAGUACCUUGGAUCCAAAGUGACUUCCACAGGCGACAUUGAUCAAGAAGGUCGAGCACGUGUUAAUGCUGCAUGGAUGAAAUGGAAAAUGGCAACAGGGGUACUGUGCGAGAAGAAAGUCCCUGUUCGACUGAAGUCGAAGAUCUACAGGACGGUUGUGCGUCCUGUUGCCCUUUACGGAUGCGAGUGCUGGCCGACAACGAAAGCCUUGGAAAGAGUGCUGCACGCUAUGGAGAUGCGGAUGUUGAGGUGGACGAUAGGUGUGACGCUAAAAGAGAAAGUAUCCAGCGACACUGUGCGCUCCAUCUUCGGUGUCGUCCCGAUAACUGAGAAGAUGAAGGAGGCGCGACUGAGAUGGUUUGGUCACGUAUUGCGGCGGGAGGAAGAUUCUGUUGCCAAAACCGCUCUGAAGCUCGACGUUUCAGGAGUGAGGCCGCGCGGGAGGCCAAAGAUUCGCUGGUUAGACCGUGUGAAGCUGGAUAUGAUAGAUGCACGUUUGUGUACGGCUGAUGCAAUGGAUAGAACCAUAUGGAAGACAAGAAGCAGAAAAGCGGACCCUGCAACAACGCGGGACAAACGCUAG